CUGAAUCCAAAGCACUCAUCCUGCACCAUACCACGUCCUCCUCUUCCUCCUCCCUCUGGCUUGGAAACAUAAUGUGAUCAACAUGCCAGUGGAAGCUCAUCCAAUGAAAAAGUGGGAGUGCUCCGUUCCACGACCUGAUUGGCUUCCCUGACACUAAGCAGACUGAGGGAGCAGUCUGCAGAUCCGGGAUUAGAGGAGAAAAUUUACCACCCCCCUCCUGAUCUACAGAGGGAUGCUCAUGUGCCUGAUUUCAGCUCCUAUCUGGAAAUGUACAAGAAGUCGCUGGAGAAUCCAGAAGCAUUCUGGAAGGAGGUUGCAGAUGAGUUCUUUUGGAAGAAGCCAGCAACUGGUCCAAUGCUUCAGUACAACUUUGACGUGACAAAGGGCAACAUAUUCGUCAAAUGCAUGGAAGGAGCCAAAACCAACAUGUGCUAUAAUGUGUUGGACAGGCAUGUGAAGGAAGGGAACCUUGGGGAAAAGGUUGCAUAUUACUGGGAGGGGAACUCGCCGGAACAUCACAAGACUAUCACCUAUGGCCAAGUGCUGAGCCACACCUGUCGCUGUGCCAAUGUGCUCAAACAAUUGGGAGUGAAGAAGGGAGACAGGGUGUCCAUCUACCUCCCCAUGAUCCCAGAGCUCGUCUACACCAUGCUGGCAUGUGCAAGGAUAGGGGCUGUUCACUCUGUUGUGUUUGCAGGAUUCUCCUCAGAGUCUCUGUGUGAGAGAAUCAUGGACGCCCAAAGCAGCGUUCUGGUCACAGCAGAUGGUGUUUACAGAGGAGACAAACUGAUCAACCUGAAGCAGAUCUCUGACGAGGCGCUGGAGAAGUGCAGGGAAAAAGGGUCGUCCAGUGUCACCAAGUGCCUGGUCAUCAAGCAUCACAUGCUCAGGACGAAAACAGGGACGUCUUGUAACAAGCUACAGACCUCCUGGGACUCAGACCGAGACGUGUGGUGGGACGAGGCGAUGAGCGACUCCUCUGAGGAGUGUGAACCUGAAUGGCUGGAUGCUGAGGAUCCGCUCUUCAUCCUCUACACCAGCGGCUCCACCGGCAAACCUAAAGGAGUGGUUCACACUGUCGCUGGCUAUCUGCUCUACACCUUCCUCACCUUCAAAUGUGUUUUUGAUCAUCAACCCCACGACGUGUACUGGUGCACGGCAGACAUCGGAUGGAUCACAGGUCACUCCUACAUCACCUACGGCCCUCUGGCAAAUGGCGCCUCCAGCGUCCUCUUCGAAGGGAUCCCAGUUCACCCGCACGUCGGCCGGUUCUGGGAGAUCAUAGAAAAAUACAGGGUGACCAAGUUUUACACGGCUCCCACGGCCAUCCGCCUGCUGAUGAAGUACGGACAAGAACCCCUGCAGAAGUAUGACCUCUCCAGCCUGAGGAUUCUGGGUAGUGUUGGCGAGCCCAUCAAUCCUGAGGCAUGGCAGUGGUACUACGAGGAGGUGGGUCAGGGUAGGUGUCCUGUGGUCGACACCUUCUGGCAGACUGAGACGGGAGGUCAUGUGCUGACACCUCUACCAGCCGCCACACCUCUGAAACCAGGAUCAGCUACCUUUCCUUUCUUCGGAGUAGAGCCCACCAUCCUGAAUGAACAUGGAGAGGAAGUGGAAGGCGAGGCUGAAGGUUAUCUGGUUUUUAGAAAACCCUGGCCGGGAAUAAUGCGCACAGUUUAUGAAAACCACGAGCGCUUCGAAAACAUCUACUUCAAAAAAUUUCCAGGCUUUUAUGUGACUGGUGAUGGUGGCAGGCGGGAUAAAGAUGGGUACUUCUGGAUCACAGGGAGGAUAGACGACAUGUUGAACGUGUCGGGCCACCUUCUGAGCACAGCGGAGGUGGAGGCGGCGCUGACGCUGCAUCCAGACGUGUCGGAGGCUGCUGUGGUGAGCCGACCUCACAAGGUGAAGGGAGAAUGCCUCUACUGCUUUGUCACUCUCAAAGACAGAAGGGAGUUCGACAAGAAGAUGGUGGAGGAGCUCAAGAAAAUGGUAAGAGAGAAAAUCGGACCAAUUGCCACGCCAGACUUCAUUCAAAACGCCCCAGCACUGCCAAAGACGCGCUCAGGAAAGAUAAUGAGGCGAAUACUCCGCCAAGUUGCUCGCAAUGAGAGGGACCUGGGGGACCUCUCUACUCUGUCAGACCCCAAGGUGGUGGAGGUGUUGUUCAGCCAGAGGAGCGAAGCAGCUACCUGAGGAAACAUCUUUAUCUUGUUCGUUGUUCUGUGAUUAUGCAACAGUACUGAUGAAGACAAUCUAAGCAGCUGGAUUUGUUAAAUCUGCUCUGUUCCGCUCAGAUAAAGACAUUUAAAUAAUAAUAAUGAUAAUAAUAAAUAACCAAAGAAAAUGUUGCGGUUUAUUUUGUAGAUUUUUGGGCCAAAAUAUUGCAGAUUUUAAAUGAUUUAUUUUCUUGUAUUUUCUGCUGAAACUUUGUGUAUAUUUUCACAAUGCAUUAUUUUCCAUGACCUGCUCACAAUAAAGUCUGUCCUCCUUGU